AUGAUAAGCAUACAUUUAUAUCUUGCUCGACUUCAAGUCAACAUAGCUGCCCGCGUCGACACCAGAGAGCUUAAAGCCCAACAUGAGGAUGAGUGCGUACUUGUUGCUGAGAUCCCACAACCGGAUCCGGCAGCAAAUUACACACGAACAGAUGUAUUGUAA